CAUAUAUACUCUCUUCAACAAACAAUAACAACAACACCACACGCUGACGCCGUCAAACAAAAUUUCACUCUCCUUUUCGGUGCGUGUCUUUCACCAAACACGCCCUUUCUUCUCCUCUCUCUCUCUCUCUCUCCAGAUCUUCGCUCCCUCCAUUUUUCUCUCCUUCUCGAACCUUGCACCACCUUCUUGGUAAUUCAAUUUCCGUCACGUACAGCAUGCUCCACCGCCUCACAAAUUAGGGUUUCUGCUGUCCGAGAGGUGGGGGAAUCGAUGGCGUCAGUGAAUCCGCAGCCUCUGCAGUACCAGGACCCUGCGAUACCCGUCGACGACGACGACGACGAUGACAGUGACGGCGCUGAUGAUGAUGCUAUGGAUGAGUUGGAGGAUGCGCAUGUUAGUUCAGUGAACGUGGUUGCUAAUGCUGCGAGUGCGAAUCAUGAACCGCUGCCUGCUAUGCCUUCCAGAACUAGCGAGCUCACUCUUUCUUUCGAGGGUGAGGUUUAUGUCUUUCCCGCAGUCACUCCUCAGAAGGUUCAAGCCGUCUUGCUGCUUUUGGGAGGACGUGAUGUGCACGCAGGUGUUCCUGCUGUUGAACUACCAUUUGAUCAAAGUAACAGGGGUAUGGGUGAUACUCCAAAACGUUCGAACCUUUCACGAAGAAUAGCAUCCUUGGUCAGAUUCCGUGAGAAACGAAAGGAAAGAUGUUUUGACAAGAAAAUUAGGUAUUCUGUGAGAAAGGAGGUGGCACAGAGGAUGCAUAGGAAGAAUGGGCAGUUUGCAUCCUUGAAAGAAAGCCCAGGUUCAUCUAAUUGGGACUCUGUCCGGAGUUCUGCUCAAGAUGGCACUUCUCAUUCUGAAUCUGUACGCAGAUGUCACCAUUGUGGUGUCACUGAAAAUAAUACUCCUGCAAUGCGUCGGGGGCCAGCUGGACCAAGGACUUUAUGUAAUGCAUGCGGCCUUAUGUGGGCAAACAAGGGCACACUCAGAGAUCUCAGCAAGGGAGGAAGAAAUCUUUCUGUUGAGCAAAGUGAUCUGGAUAUUCCUAUUGAUGUCAAGCCUACUUCUGUUAUAGAAGGAGAAUUGCCCGGAAUCCAUGAUGAGCAAGUAGAAGCUUUUACAUAUUGCAAAUUCAUUUUCGGCAGUACACAUUUUUUUCCUUUUCAUGAAAACUUUUCAUGGGGUAUGCAGGGUAGUUCUGAAGAUCCGUCCAAGUCCAACACAGGUGAUGGUUCUAGUGGUCAUGCAGUAAACCCCAGUGAUGAGGAAUUGCCUGAAACUGCAGACCACUUUACAAAUGCUCCGCCAUUAGGACUUGGUCAUUCUUCAAGGAAUGACACUGAACAGGAACCUCUGGUUGAACUUUCUAAUCCUUCAGAUACAGAUAUUGACAUUCCAGAAAACUUUGAUUAGAAGGUACUAAGUGAUUCAUUACGUUGAGGGGUUUUAUAUAAUGGUCCCUCUGUAGUAUAUUGUUGAUGUACUAAUGAGAUGCAGAUCUAGAAGCAGUGAUACAUACCAGAAAUAAUUAGGAAAUUCGGGGUUAUGACUAAUUGUAGCCCUCGGAAAUGGAAAUUGAAAUGAUUACGGAUUAGCAAAUGUCAAGAAGCUCUGCUAUUCCGACCUAACAUUGGGUAGUCUGUGACAUUGAUGCUGGUAUACGUGCCAAACAUUGUUUGUGUAUAUGUUAUAAUGUAAUUUUCCUUCAGUGUUUAUAUCAUAAAAUAUUCAUUAGUGAGGCCUGUGUUAAUAAAAUUGCUCUCUACAUGCUCCUGACUAUCAUAAUUUCAUUGAGAUCAAAGCUCUGCAACCUUGAUUUUAGAGAUGAAAUUUCGGUGAUAUGGUCUGCCACUCAAGAAUGGGUAUUGGAACAUCAAGGCAGCAGUGUGGAAAUUAGGACCUUCAGUGAAGUUUAGGCUUGUGCUGCUCGACUCUUGGUGAGACCAUUUGAAUAUGUUAUAAUUAGGUCAGAUAGACUUGUUCCAAAUGUACAUAUACAUAUAAAAUAAAUAUUAAUCAUCGUCUUCUCAGUGUUCUUCCAUA